GUGCAACGGCGAUCAGAACGUUGUUCGUAUAUAUUUACCAAAUUGUUAUUAAACUUCUUUUCGCGUAUAAUACCAGAUAUGUAAAAGUUAGUUGCUUUGUUUGAACGUGACAAAAAUUGGAUGCACAAGUGAUAUUAUAACGUUUCACUUCGACAAACCGCAUCCCCUGACAGCAGCGGCUUCGGAAAACAUCGACUGUGGCAGUUUGUUGAAAAGUUACAUGUGCUGCUAUUACCAUCACAACCAUCCACAGCCAGCAACAACGACUCCCGCGGCAAUAGAAGAUCUGCCACCGUUCACUGGAACCGCGCAUCCCGAAACCACAUGCGGCAGUUUCCCAUAUCUAUCCCGCAACGAGCUGCAUAGUAGAACCCAGUGCAAUUUGUACCGAAUAGGAAGUAACUCGUUAUUAAAACUAUAAGAACGGGAUUGCUGUUGCGCUAAAUAUCCAUCAGGAGUCUCCGGUUACAGCACAAAUUCGCGGUAGGCGAAAGAAGAGAAUAGCGAAAUUUUACUGCAGGUUGCUAAAUACGAUACAUUUGCGAUGAACACCAAAUAUGCCGGAGCAACGAUGCUCAAAUGCUACUUAUUUGCACUGAUGCUCGUAUCAAUCAAUGCCGAGGAGAAAUGGUCCUGGUCGAAGAACGGUGAAGCCAGUGGCAAUCGCAACCCCGGCAACGGGAAUAUCGGCAAGCUGAAUGUAAGAAGUGACGUUAUUGAGUUUCAGGAACCGAAACGAUUCAAUGACGGCGCUAAAGACUUCAGGCAGGGGCGAUAUGAAGUGAAAGAAUCUGCCACUCGGAAGCCAAAUCCGGGCAGACCACUCAGCGAUGAAUUUUCAGGUGAAGUGUCUGGCAAUAAACCGAGCGAUUAUGGAUUGAAUCAGCGUUUCGGAGGACUGAAUAAUGGUCAAUACCCAAUUAAUCCGUAUGGAAUAAACCCCGGAUUUGGCAGCGGUGGUCCGUACUUUGGCGGUGGAGGAGGCAUCGGUUACUCUAAUCAAGGGUUUGGAGGAGGCUAUGGAGGAAAUUUCGGUGGUGCCAACGGAAUUCUUGUUGGACCCGAAGGACCAACCGGAAUAAUUGGUCGACCCAACAAAGGUUACGGUGGCUACCCAGGAGGUGGCUACCCAACUGGUGGCUUUGGGCCAUACGGAAACAACUUCGGUGGUGGAUUCGGGAACCAUGGCGGGUUUGGGAAUCAAGGCGGAUUCGGCCGACCGGGAGGGUAUUACCCUCAGGCAGGUGGAUAUCCAGGUGGUGGUUAUUACGGUGGACAGGGUUCUUAUGGUCCCGGUCAAUUUGGAGCAGGUCAGUUUGGAGGAGGUCACUUUGGUACGGGACAAUUUGGACCAGGACAAUUUGGACCCAGCCAGUUCGGAUCAGGUCCAGUUGGUGGGCUGGGCCAAAUCGGUGGUUUUGGAGGAGGUCCAUUUGGACCGCAAUUCGAUCAGGCCAAACAAUCCACGAAAAAAAUCGAAAAGAAAUCUGUUUAAGUUUUAUGAGCUGUGUUAUUUUGUGAUAUAAACUAUGUUGAAUUAAAUAAAUA